AUGGUGAUGUUGGUGUUGGUGGCGAUUGGUGAUGUUGGUAUUGGUGGCGCUGGUGGUGAUGUUGGAAUUAGUGGUAUACGUAGUGGUGUUGGUGGUGGUGGUGAUGGUCUUGGUAUUGGUGGGGUUGGUGGUCUUAGUGUUGUUGUUGCUGGUUGUCUUGAUGGCAGUGUUGGUAUUGGUGGUGGUGAUGAUUCGGGUGCUGCUUCUGGGGCUAUUACUUGUAGAGUUGUUGAUGUUGGUGGUAUCCAUGCUGAUACUGAUGAUGCUGACGAUCGUGAUGAUGAGCAUAAAGAGCCCCAAAGCAACAAAGAAAGUUCACGUCGUAAGCUCAUCGACGAGGAAUCUAAUUACAAGGAGGAGGAACCCCUGCUCAGGAAUAAAAAAGAGAAGCAAAGUUUGAAAAAACCUUCGCCACCUCCACCCAUUAAAGUGGAGGAUAGUGAUGAUACUGAAACUACAACACCACUAGAAAGUUCAGCUUCUGAACAUACUACCUCUGAGCAAGAGGGUUCUGAACAACAUGAGUCUGACCAUGCCGAAUCUGAAGAAGAGGAGCAAGAAGGGUCUGAGGAUUUUGAGUCUGAGGGAACAGCAUCUGGAUCCCCAUCCAUUGAAUAA